CAUUGGUGGUGGUUCUAUUCUAUAGGCCGAGGACGCGGGUUCAGGCGAGGUGAGGAGACAAACCAAGUUGAACCUAUGAGUAGCGGCAGUGUUCGCUGAGCAGAAACAAGCGCGAAGCGAACUGGGAGAGACGCGCCCUAUCAUCCAAUCUAUUGAGCAUAUACCGUCUUUCUAAUAACACUUUGGAGGAGAUUCACAUGAAGAAGAGGAACUUAAUCGGGCUAUUUCACUGAGAGAUGGUGGCAUUGCAACGUGAAUCACAGUCACUCGGAGCCAGCAGUCAUUAUCAAAACAACCAGAGAGUGUAUUUCUUAAGUGAGCUAUUAAACGAAACUCAAGCACACAAUCUAUGAGUUUGGCAAUUACCCGAUCACACCAGGGCUAUCCAAGCAUGAAAUACCAUACUAGACCCACCAGUAGCGUCCUCCAGGAUUUGUCUAGUGGUCCCUCCCAUCUGUUGGGACUGGAAGGCCUGGACCCGAGGCCUCUGAGCGAGGCAAUGUCCUUCACUGACGAGGCGGUCUCCAUCCUGACCUCCAGCAGCCAGCUAGCCCGUUCCCUCCUGGGCUGCACCAAUGCCCUGAAGCGGAAAGAAAGCCUAGCCGCCACCGCUAACCAUACCAACGCUAAUGCUAUCUCUAACAAUGACGGUGAGGAUGACUUUGACGAUAGCAACAGUGCUCUGCGCCGCAAACGCGAGUUCACUCCCGAUGAGAAGAAGGACGACGGCUACUGGGAUAAGAGGAAGAAGAACAACGAGGCGGCGAAACGGUCGCGUGAGAAACGACGUGCCAAUGACAUGGUCCUGGAGACGAGGGUUCUGGGGUUGUUGGAGGAGAACGCCCGACUAAGGGCCGAACUCCUGGCCUUCAAGUUCCGCUUUGGCCUAGUCAAGGACAACUCCGACAUAGCCAUAAUGCCGCUGUCCGUGCCUCCACCCAAACAUCUUGAACCGAGGUACUACCUACCCCACGAUGAUGGUUCCUACCCCCAUAACACCCCCGCCACCACCUCCCACCACCAUCCCCACCACUCAUCCUCAUACGAGGUGAGGGGAACUGGGCUGCCAGCAGGGCGUGACGUGGGCAGUAGUAUAUCCGAGGACUCUGGUUUCUCUCCUGGAAGCUCCAACGUGGGCAGCCCUGUGUUCUUUGACGACGGACUAGGGGACCACAGCCGAACAUCCCCCAGAACGGUAGAGGAACAGGGGCGUUAUGAGCCUCGCGCCUCCCUGGAGGCAGAAGGACAGUACCACGGCAGGCAGGACUCUAGCCUACCACACAAACUCCGCUUCAAAACCCCGGUGGAGGUAGCGAAGCUACAGUCGGACCAAACACCCAGAGGAGCCAGGCUGGAUGGUACAGUCAUAGGGGGAGAGGGCCAGGCUGCAUGGCCCAGUGAGGAGGCCCGUGCUGGGCAUGAUCAGCAGCACCACUACUCCCCCUCUGGAGGGUCUGCACACAGCCCCACCACUACCACAGACUCCCAGUAUGUGGCGGAGAAUGGCACCCUCAAAUCCCAGCUCAGCUCUCUAUCGCAGGAGGUGGCCCAGCUCAAGAAGCUGUUCUCUCAGCAGCUGCUCUCCAAACUGGUCUGA